UUUAAAGCAGUACUGUUGCAACCCUAAACUGUUCCCAUGAAAUUAUCAGAGAGGAGUAUAGCAGAGCCGGUCUUAUCUUUGUGUUUAUACGUGCUUGCUCACUGUCAGGCCAGUUUUUUUGCAGGGUCCUUGAUAUGAAGAAUUUCAGAGACCACCAGUGAGCAGACCUCCAUUUACUCACUUGGAUCCAUAUACGUGCUGGGUCUUCUGCUUGUUAUUUAGCUGGCUUUGAAAUUCAACACAAGUAUGGUUGGAGAAAAGCUGGUGGCUUGCAUGCUGGUUAACUGGUUAAGCCUGACACUGAUGAGGUCAGUUUACGGUCAGCACAUACCAGAAGAACCAUGCUCUGUCCAAAUCCUUGUUCCUGGACUCAAAGGUGAAGCUGGAGAAAAGGGGGAUAAAGGAGCACCUGGGAGACCUGGGAGAGUAGGGCCACCUGGAGAGACAGGUCCUCCUGGACUCAAAGGUCAAAAAGGCAGCAUGGGACGUUAUGGGAAGAUGGGUCCCUCUGGAUUCAAAGGAUUAAAAGGCGAUAUAGGAGAUCCAGGACCAAAUGGGCCAAAUGGGGAGCCAGGCGUCCCCUGCGAGUGUGCACCCUUACGGAAAAUGAUUGGUGAAAUAGACAUUCAAGUGGCGCAAUUAACCAAUGAGCUGAAGUUCAUUAAAAAUGCACUGCCCUCCCCCGCAGCUGUCGCUGGUGUCAAAGAAACAGACAGCAAGGUCUAUCUGCUGGUGAAGGAAGACAAACGCUACAGGGAGGCUGAGUUGCUUUGUCAGGGGCGUGGCGGACACCUGGCCAUGCCCAAGGAUGCGGCUUCCAACAGAGCCAUUGCCGGUUACAUCACCGAAGCUGGCCUUAACAGAGCGUACAUCGGCAUUAAUGACCUGGAGCAGGAAGGCCACUUCGUAUACGUGGAGCGGUCACCCAUGACCACUUUCAGCAGGUGGAGGGAGGGGGAGCCAAACAACGCUUAUGAUGACGAGGACUGCGUUGAGAUGGUUUCAUCAGGAGAGUGGAUUGAUGUAGCUUGUCACCUCACCAUGAACUUUGUUUGUGAGUUCGACAAGGACACUUUAUGAGGUGGUGGACACUGUGAGGUUAAAAAAUCAAAGGGACAGGUCACAUUAAAAAUUCUGUCAUCGUUUACUAACCCUUAACAAUUAUGCUAUUAUUAUUUUUCUAAACUCGUAUGACAUUUUUUUUUCUGUGAGACACAUAUAGAGAUGAGAGGCAGCACCCUCUGUCUUCAUUCAGUAUUAUUGUAUGACAAAAAGAGGUAGAUUAAUAAUCUUUAACCUCCUAAGACCCGAGCUUUGGUUUGUCUUUUUUCAGAUUUCUUCCAGCUAUUUGGGAUUAGGAAGAACCAAUAAAUAUUUUUCUUUGAACAUGAAGCAGUAUAGUUGUCCACGUUUGUGUACAACAGGUUCCAGUUACACAGAAUUAAGUUAUAUGGUGCAAACAACAACAAAAAAAAAUGUGAUGUCCACCAAUGUGGACAAUCCAGGUCUUAGGAGGUUAAAUGUUCCCCUAUUGUGAAAGACAAUAAGUUACACGAAUUUCUGUGGGAUAGUCACAUAAUUUUUUGCUCAUUUUUCUGUAGCAUUCUCACGGAUCUUCGCAUUUUUCAGUGGCCCUGCUACGGACCGUCUUUUUCCGUGGCAUUCUCACGGAUUGGUUACUCAACUGUUUUGUCCUAUUUUCUUACCAUUUUCGCUUCGGUUUAGGGUUAGAUUUACAUGAAAUGACAUCCUUACCCAAACCCAACUCUAACCCCAACACCAGGCGACAAUUGUUUAAAGUUUAGAAAAUAUAAAAGGAUAAAUCAGAAAAAAAUGGUAUAAACCAAUAGUUAAAGUGA